AUGCCCAGUUACCAAUCCAGCCCUGACUACCAAACUGAUUUUACCAUAACAGCGAGUCAGGAUGGGCACGUGAAAUUCUGGAAGAAGAAGGAGGAUGAAGGAGUGGAGUUUGUCAAGCACUUCCGCAGCCAUUUGGGAGUGGUCGAGUGUAUCUCCGUCAGUGCGGAGGGAGCGCUUUUCUGCUCUGUGGGUGAUGAUCAGGCCAUGAAAGUUUUUGAUGUUGUCAACUUCGACAUGAUCAACAUGCUCAAACUCGGCUUCCAUCCUGGCCAGUGCGAAUGGAUCUAUAAUCCGGGAGACGCCAUCUCCACCGUAGCCUGUUCUGAGAAAUCUUCUGGGAAGAUUCUUGUAUACGACGGACGGGGCAGUAAUCAGCCCCUGCACACGUUUGAAAAGAUGCACACCGCGCCACUGUCUCGGAUCCGCCUGAAUCCCAAGUAUCGUGUCAUAGUGUCCGCUGAUAAGACGGGGAUGUUGGAAUACUGGACGGGGCUCCCGAGCGAAUUCAAAUUUCCACGGCAGGUGGAGUGGGAGUUCAAGACAGACACGGACUUGUAUGAGUUUGCCAAAUGCAGAACUUAUCCCACCAGCUUGGCGUUCUCCCAAGACGGCAAGAAAAUGGCCACCAUUGCCACUGACCGCAAAGUCCGGAUUUUCCGUUUCCUCACUGGGAAGUUGAUGAGGGUGUUUGACGAAUCAUUAACUAUGUUCACGGAGCUCCAGCAGAUGAGGCAGCAGUUGCCUGAUAUGGAGUUUGGCCGCAGGAUGGCGGUGGAGCGAGAGCUGGAGAAGGUGGACGGCAUCCGACUGACCAACAUCAUCUUCGACGAGACCGGACACUUUGUGCUUUACGGCACCAUGCUGGGCAUUAAAGUCAUUAACUUGGAGACUAAUAGGUGUGUGCGGAUCCUGGGCAAACAAGAGAACAUCCGUGUAGUGCAGCUGAGUCUGUUUCAGGGAGUAGCGAAGGCCAUGCAGGCAGCACCAACCAUUGAGAUGAAGGCCUCUGAGAACCCAGCGCUGCAGAGCACUGAUCCAGACCCCACCAUCUUCUGCACCGCCUUCAAGAAGAACCGCUUCUACAUGUUCACAAAGAGAGAGCCGGAGGACACCAAGAGUGCUGAUUCUGACCGUGACAUCUUUAAUGAGAAGCCGUCUAAAGAGGAAGUGAUGGCCGUGACACAAGCAGAAGGGCCAAAAAGAGUGUCAGACAGUGCCAUCAUUCACACCACAAUGGGCGACAUCCAUAUCAAACUAUUUCCCGUUGAAUGCCCUAAAACUGUGGAGAACUUCUGCGUCCACAGCAGGAACGGUUAUUUCAACGCCCACAUAUUUCAUCGGGUCAUCAAGGGCUUCAUGAUCCAGACCGGAGACCCCACAGGCACAGGGAUGGGUGGAGAGAGCAUCUGGGGGGGAGAGUUUGAGGACGAGUUUCAUGCCACACUGAGGCACGACAGACCCUACACCCUCAGCAUGGCCAACGCAGGCCCGGGAACCAACGGAUCACAGUUUUUCAUCACUGUCGUCCCAACUCCCUGGCUGGACAACAAGCACACAGUCUUCGGGAGAACCACUAAAGGUAUGGAGGUGGUCCAGAGGAUCUCCAACUUAAAAGUCAACCCCAAAACUGACAAACCGUAUGAAGACAUCAGCAUCAUAAACAUCACCGUCAAAUAGAUGUGCCGUCUGAGCUGCUCGCUUCUGAUUUUGUAAAAUAAAGUACCUUUUU